AUGAUGUUUUGGGUAGAUUGGCAGCUGUGGGAGAAGCUGACACUGGCAAUGGGAAUUUUGAUAGUUGUCGUCUUCAGCUACGCCCUUUGUGUUCUUGGCUGGAGUCGACGGAAAAUGCGCAAGUGUGCCAUAGCAGAAGUGACCAAACAGGAGAUGGAGGCAGAGAUAUAUCCCAUGCUACACAAAAAUGACAUCCCAUUCGGUGCAAGAGCUCUGGAAAGCGGGAUCGAGAUAGAAGGGAUCUGGAAUUCAAAUACCAACACACCCGUCCCAAGUCCACGCCAGCCCGCUACUCCGGUCGGAAGCAGGACAGCCAGCCCAGUGCCACAGCUGUGGGCUAGAAGAAUUGAAGACACCACGUCCUCAUUGGAGUCUCAGAGCCCCAUCGUGAGUCUGAUACCAGUGCCACAGGCUGCCCGACGAGGACUCGUAUCCGAGCUGGAUCUAGCAUCUGCAGACUUCGUUCAUGAGCCCCCGAGACCCGGUGGCUUCUACAAUAAUCGGGCCAGUCUUCCGAUCAACCCCACUCCCCUUCGUAUAUCACCUGCGAGAGAGGAAACCUUGGUCGGCGUCAAAGAUCCAAUUGUUCGAGAUAAACGCGCCAGUUUCCAUUCUCGAAUCUUCGCCUCGAGUCGUCACCGGGAAGCAAAGGACUACCGAUCAGGCCUAGAUGAGGCAGAUGAAGAAGCGGGCUAUAUCGCGACCAUGGCAGGUACCUCCCCGCAUUCUACAUCGGGACACAAGCGGGUAUCAAGAUUCACCAAAGGUCUCCGUCGGCGAUCAUCUGAAGAGUUCCGACGCAAGAUGAGCCAAAUUUUCAACGACAAUAUUCAUAUUGGACUGCCUGCCGAGCAGCUGGAGUUCGACCCGGCUCUGCGAGAGUACCAGAAACCAACUUUCCGAGAAUCUUUGCUUCGUCCUUUUCGCCCAUGGCGCGACUCUUCUGCAAACGAGAGCCAGUGA